UGCGGGAUCUGAUUUCUUUCCACAGGGCCUGUAAGACAGAGUUGUUCCAUCUGGCCUUUGGCUUAGAAUCAGUUUGAUUCCCUCCCCCUCUUUCUUUUUCCUUUCUCCUCCUGUGAAGAGGCUGCAUCCUAAUGUUUUAAUGUUGUAUUUUAAUCUUUCUUAAAUUGUAUUUUAAUAAACUUGUUUUUAUUAUUGGUUGUUAGCCGGCCUGAGCCCGGUCUUGGCUGGGGAGGGCGGGGUAUAAAUAAAAAUGUAUUAUUAUUAUUAUUAUUAUUAGACAGAAUGCUCAGUUUCUUAGGACAAAUUGUGCAUUUUCCUACAUAGGAAGAGGAAGGCAUUCUGAAUAGCGACAGGCAUUGUAGAUCUGGUGGAAGGCAAAAGAUGGCACCAUGAAAAGCAGAGCAGUAGUGGCCAGGGAAAAAAAGGUGCUGCUGGAUCCAGGCUUCCUAGGUCUCAGAGCAAAGCCUGAAGUUUCACUGUUUUGGUCUAUAUCAGGAUCUCUACAAGAAGGAGCAUAACUUCAGGGAAAAGGCUCAGAACCAAGUUUGGCUUGAUGGGAAUCUCACUAUUAACUUCAUUGCCAUUUAUGUGAGGCUCCUUUGGCAGUCCCAGGGAAGCAGCAGAACCAAGAGGUUUGCUGAGCCCCUGCUGAGUCACCAUAAUUGACUGUUGGGCUGCAUUUGGCUUGGUGGGUCAGACCACUGACCAAGGGUAAAUGCAUUUAAGACCCAAAUAAUAUUGAUAUCCAGUUAUUAGAUGCAAAGGAACAUGAGGGACGAAAUAUUGUUGCUGCAAGUGAAUUGUGCAGAGAGCUGCUAUAUAUCCCCACAUGUGGUUAUCGGAAAAAGGAUAUUGGAGGCAAUGUAUACUGGGUGAAGAGCUGAGUUGCUUCCUCUGUUUUACUGUAGCAACGUCAAUCCUCUCCCCACCAAAGCCAGAAACCAGGUUUCGAUGAUACAUUUGAUACUAAACAUCUGUAUUCAACUGAUCAACCAAGACUAAAGUCAACAUUUGUUUUAUUUUACCACUUUUAAUUCUUUCAUCUCUCUGCCUGCUGUUCAGAUGUCAUCCCGACUGGAUGCACGCUAUCAUCAUCCCUACAAAACCACAUUCUAGAGCACUUUGAGUGUGCAAAGUGCUUUAAUAUUGACCAUUACCCUUGAAUGCUGUCCAUUAAAAUGAAGUGCAGGCUGAGGGCAUAACCAUACCUCAAACUUGACAGAAAUUCAAAAUGGUCCUCAAACUUGACAGAUUCCAAAUGGUGGAAGUAUUUAAUACACGUGUUUAUUUAUUUAAAAUAUUUAUAUACCUAACAUGGUUCUUUUAAAAAUGCAGUGGUGACUUAUGAAAGCUCAGGGGUGGGAAUACUGGACAAUGUCCCCUUCUCCAGGUCUUAGAUGUGACAGCUGCUGAGGCUGUUUCACCUGAUCUCUUUGACAGUUCCAUAGAUCAGAAUAAAGGACAUACACACCUGGGAUAACAGGACAUUUGGGUUCCUUGGACCAAUUCACCCAGGCAGCUUGACAGCCUGCAGCACCUGGCUCUUCUCAGGGGCAAGGGAACCUGAUAGACUCUGGAAUAAUGAUGGUGAUAGAAAACAGCCCACUCCCUAGGCCUUAGACCAGCAGUGGGGAAUCUCCAGAGCACAGGUCCCAAUUUGGCCCAUGAGGAUGUUCCCUACAAACCAAGUCAACCCGCUUCACACUUGAUGGCAUACAUGACCUUUGAACUUUGACAGCUAUCCAUCACUUUGUGCCAUUAUGACAUCAUAAGAGUCUGGAGUCCACCAUCACACAAAUAAAUAAUAAACAGCCUGCUUGACAAUGACAAGUCAAAAUUAAUCUGCUACAUAUAUUCUGAAAUAAGGUCCUAUCUAUAUGAGGAUUUAGAAGACUUGGGGAAAAAAGCAUAUUAGUUGGAGGCUGGGAUAUAUUUAUUUGAAUUUGUUUUACUUAAAAUGAGGUGAGGGAACGCUAUUACAACCACAAUAAAAAAUAAAAUAGCAGGUAACAAAUAUCAAGUGAAAGCUAGAUUAAACAAUAAACCUAUUAAAAUUGCAACUGACUGCAAAUCUUAUGCCUGAUGGUUCCUUUCAAUUGCAUCAGAAGGCUAGCAGCAUGGAAACGAGCAUUCCAAAGGCUGGGAAAGGCAACCCCAAAGCCUAAACAGGGAACCUGAGAAACCCUUCUGUUGCGUCUCAGCCAAAGACAAUUCAGAUGCUGGUGGAUGUGAAGGACAGCUUCUUCAGAAAGGCAGGGCCAGUGAGAGGUGUGACGUGGCCUAGGGACAGUCCCGAAAGCUGCACAGAGAGACCUGGAGGUUCCCCAUCCCUGUUAUAAAUUCUGCAUUGAGCAGGGGUUGGACUCAAUAACUUUAAGAUCCUUUUCAGCUCUGUGAGUCCAAGCUCCAAUGAAAACAACUUUGUCCACAGUAAAAUAAACUUGAAUUAAAAGCAGGAGGAAAAGGCUUUUUAAAAAACAUUUAUAAACAGGCGCAAAAAUAAAUAUUGCAUGUUGAGGGUGUGAACUGAGUGGAUUGGGAUACUGAUACAGUAUCCGGCAUAAAAUGUUGAGGGUAUGAUCCAGUCAAAGUUGAGCACUUUUAAAUCUCACCAAUCUCAGUGAGAUAGUUCAUUCCUAAAAGCUGCAACAGGCUGACUACUUCCCUUUUUUUAUAAUUGAUAUUUAUUAAAUUUUCAAAGAAUAACAACAAAAAUUUCCAAAAAAAAUUUGAGGAUACAAAAAACAAAAAUAGUACAUAAACAAAAAAGAAAAGAAAACCCAGCCGCAAAGAAAAAAAAAAGAGAAACAGAAAAACAAAAAUAUAAAGUCCUUUACAAUCUCUAUUGACUUCCUUUCUAGACUUCCUCCUCCUCCCCUCUUUUGUUUCUUAAUUUUUAAUUUUUACAGCAAAUCCUUUCUGUUUUUUCAUAACAAUCUGUCAUUACGUUUCCUUAUUCUAUUUCCCUCUUGUCAUAUAAAAACUUUAAAACUCAUAGCUUAUAUUCAAUAUUUACCAAAUUCUUGUAUCAUUACCUUUUACGAAUCAUUUACCAAUCCUUACUUAAGCCAUGUAAUUUCAUUCAACAUCCUUCAAACAUUUGUAAGCAUUCCCAAUAUUAAAAAUAAAAAAGAAAAAAUAAUAAGUCAAAUUCAGUCCAGUCAGCUUCCAACCUCCCUCCCCUGGACCCGGAUUGUCAGUCCUUUUAACCUCGAUAAUCCGGCUCCUUAACCUGGUUGUCUCAGUAUCCGAGGCCCUCAAGUCUCUUUCUUGCCCCUUUCGCCACUCUUGUUGAUGAUUCCUUUCCAGUCGUGGAUGCUCCAGCAAGAAAAUGCUUUUGACCCUUUGCAGCAAGUCCAUCCCAAACCCAUUGCCCAAGCCAGACAGCAAAUAAUACCACUUCAAAUUUCCACAAAGCUUGGAGACUUCGGCUACUCCAAUCCUCUGAUAGCCCAUCACCAGACUCGGAAGGUCCAAAUAACCAUAUGGAGGGGGUCGAUCCAUCCCCCAUUUCCAAAUCUGACCACAUUUCAUCUUUCCGAAUCUGGUUUGUCCUAAGUUCAUUUAUCAAGUUCAAAGGCUGAUCUUGCCCGUCCAAAGGUCCCUCCAUCUCUGAAGCCUCCGUCACUACAGCAGGUUCAUAUGCUUGUAUAGCCUUUAACUGAAUUUCAUUUGUUUGCUGCUGUGCUCUGGUAACUUCCAUCAUCAAGGUCGUCUCCUGACGCAUCUGGUCCAGCUGGGCACUUAGUUUUGAAAACCUUCCAGGAACAAUUGUUCAAGCCUUUGUACUAGCAUUGUCCUUCAAGGUCAAAGAAAAUUCUUUCCCACGACAAUAGUCCAAUAGUCCUUCUCUUUAAUCUCUCUGCGUUGUAAUUUCACUAAAUUCCACUAGAUGGAAUUUUUUUUUUUUUAAAGGAAUAAAAGCAACAGCAACAAUCUUUCUUUUUCCAGAAACACUUUAUCCAAAAUUCCCCUUCCAAAUUCAAGAGGCAACAGUAGAAUCAAAAUGUUACCCUUCUUUUAACUAACUGUCGAGCUGGAUAAACUUCAGAACGUCAAUUCUGACAGCCCGCUCCUGGUUCAGGGCGGUGGAAAAUUGCUUUAUUUUAAACUCACUUCCGCAGGAUUGAAAAGUCCAAAUACAACCCCCCUUCUUCUCCUGCAGUCAAAGGGGGUUCUAGAAAUCUUAGAUGUUGAAUUCUAGUUCUCUUAGAAUUUAAUUUUCAAGCUUUAGUAUAUUUUGUCUUUGCUUUCUUCACAUAACAAAAGAACGGAAGGCGACUUCCUGUUUAGACCUUCCCAUUCCGAGUCCCAAUUAAGUUCAAUUUCAAGUCCAAUAUUAUUUGUUUAUUCACCAGUCUUAAAAGUGGUUCAACUCUUCCAAGAUCAGGUACUCACGGAUAGAUAUUUUAGAUGCCAAAUUGUCCAGGAAAAAGGCAGCGCUCUCCGAUAACGGCAGUGCGGCUUUGCUGCACGGAGGAAGCAGUCGACUCACAGCACCACGCACCUCCACUCCGGAGCCCGCUACCGGGCUCCUGUACAAGGGGAGAGAGCGCCUCGGUGCCCGCCGAGUCCCACGUCCACAGGCUUCUUCCGCCUGUGGUUUUUGCGGGUCCCCGCUGCGCCGUAGCGGCAGGACCCAAGCCUCCGUGCAGCGGGUUCCCUUCAGUCCGAAGGGAAUUCCGCCAUUUUCCGGAGGCGCCACCCCGGAAGUCCAGGCUGACUACUUCCCAUUCACAGAAUUUAAUGAUGAUGCUAUCUGAUGUCUAGAGGGAUUUGCAUAUUCAGAUUUCCUCAACUGUUUGAAUAUGUUCUAAAAGGGACACUGUACAUGUGAUAGUUUGGGAGGGGGGCAUCAAAAGCAUGCCUGUUAGGCCAUGUCCUCUCAUUAUGCUUGAUCUCUAUGCAGCCCAGGGGUCAAGAUGCAAAUGGGACCUUAGAACACAUGAAGACCAUGUGCAAUGAAGUGGCACCGCCAUACUGAUCAUGCACACUCAGUUGCCAUUUAGAAUACCUGCACAAAACUCUCAUGUACUCUUCUUCCUGGUGACCCAGCUGCAGCAGGCUCUUUUAAUCACCUUUAUCUUUUUAAAUGUUUAUGUAAAGAGAAAGUCAUAGAAUCAUAGAAUUGUAAAGUUGGAAGGGAACCCAAGGAUCAUCUAGUCCAAUUCCUGCAAUGUAGGAAUCUUAACUAAAGCAUCCAUGACAGAUGGCCAUUCAGCCUCUGCUUGAAAACCUCCAAGGAAGGGGAGUCCACCACCUUCUGAUGAAGUCUGUUCUACUGUCGAACAGCUCUUACAACCAGAAAGUUCUUCCUGGUAUUUAGUCAGAAUCUCCUUAACUUGAAUCCAGUGGUUUGGGUCCCACCUUCUGGGGCAGGAGAAAACAAGCUUGCUCCAUCUUCCAUGUGGCAGUCCUUUAGAUAUCUGAAGAUGUCUAUCACAUCUCCUCUCAGUCUCCUCUUUUUCAGGCUAAACAUACCCAACACCCUCAACCAUUCCUCCUAAGGCUUGGUUUCCAGUUGGGCUAAUAACAUCAGGUCUGUGCUGCUGUUGUUAGCAUCACAAUGAUUACAUAGGGGCAAACCUUCAGAGUACAUUUUGUCAAAAAGAGUUGUUUAAUUGAAGCAGAGGUAAAGGCAAAGGCAAAGGACCUCUGGAUGGUUAAGUCCAAUCAGACUUGACUAUGGGGUGCGGUGCUCACCUUGCUUCAGGCCCAGGGAGCCAGCGUUUGUCCACAGACAGCUUUCUGGGUCAUGUGGGCAGCAUGACUAAACCACUUCUGGCACAACGGGACACUGUGACGAGUGCCAGAAUGCACGGAAAUGUCGUUUACCUUCCCGCCACAGCGGCACAUAUUUAUCUACUUGCAUUUGUGUGCUUUUGAACUGCUAGGUUGGCAGAAGCUGGGACAUAGCAACGGGAGCUAACCCCAUCACGUGAUUCGAACCGCCAACCUUCCGAUCAACAAGCCCAAGAGGCUCAGUGGUUUAGACCAGAGCACCACCCACUCCUUCCAUGAAGCAGAACAGCUUAGAAAGAAAGAAAAGGCUCUACUGGUUUAUAAAUCUGUAACUUUUAAAAUAUAUUCUUCCCUCCACUCAACAUGAUAAACUUCCCAAAGCUCUGUUAUCCAGAUAACUCCCCCUCCCCAUUUCACAGAUGUUUCCCUACCCCCUAAUGGCGAGUCCCUCCUGGAUAUCCCAA